AUUGUUACUAUGAUAUAUAUAUGUAUAACUAUUAGUAGUAUUUUGACAGAUUCUAUAAAAUAAGUGUAGAUUAAUGUGAAAAUCUUAUUCUCUUAUAUAAUUUUCUAAAUAGGGGGACAAAUUAGAAUGAUUAACACCAAUUAGAUUAGUCUCAGGUUAUGGUUGUACUAUCAAAUGGAUUGUGAUAAGUAAUUGAGUACAAUGAUCUAUAUAUAGAGAGAGAAAGAGAGGGAUAGAUAGAAAGAUACAUAUAUAAAUACGUUGAUUAAUCAAUCAAAUCUAUUUGUUGAUAAUAAUGAAACAUUAUGAUAUUGUAGUUGAAGCAAAUGAAUUACCAACAGAACGUAAAACAACUGCGUUGACUUUAUGUGUACAUGCAUUGGAUUAUUAUCAUACUGAAAAAGAUGUAGCAAUGUUUAUGAAAAAAAAUUUUGAUAAAUUAUAUGGACCAGUAUGGCAAUGUAUUGUAGGUCAUGAAUUUGGAAUAUUCAAAAAAACAACAAACAAACAUCAAACAUACAGUUAUAUAUUAAUGAGACAGCUGAAUGAAACUGUACUUCGCUAUUUCUGUUGCUAAAUAGUCAGGUUUAUUUCUGGAGCGAAAUAAUAGAAAUAAGAAAGGUCUUGCAAAUCUUGAUGAGACAAUAUAUUGAUUAGACAUAUAUUCAAAUAUUGUACUGUUAUAUUAAUCUUCGAGUAUAGACAUUUUAAUCUGCUCUAUAGCUCACAAAACUUACUAUUAUAUCAUUCAAAUAUUUCACAAGUUUGUUUUAACUGAUUGUUUGAUUGAACAUAUGAUUCAGAACUUCUCUCAUUAAUUACAUCAUAUUAAACCAAAUUCAAUUUUUUAUGUAUUAUUAUGGUGUGUGCUACUGAUAUCAAUAGAUAUAAGUAGUAUGUAUCAUCAUUCAAAAGUGAAAUGUCUGGAGACAGAAGGUUUAGAAGAUCAAAGAAAAAAGAACAAAAACAGAGAAUGAUUAAUGCAGAAAGGAAAGAACCAUGAAGUUUAACAUGAUUGAUUGAUAUCUUACAAAUGAAGUAUUUACUAUAUGAUUCACAUAUUUUGUAUUCAAAUACAAUCGAUUAUCCCCCUGUGCGUUUCCGUUCACUACACUAUGAGCAGUAUAUGUUUGCACAAACACAAAACCCCCUUCUGAUAAAGUAAUAUAGUAUAAUUUAGCAACAUUUUCACCACUCAAACCACCUUCAUAAAUUAAUCAGUUACAAAAAAAAUUGUGUAAAUUGUUUUUUUUUUCGAAUUGUUGAUUAGAUAGUUUAUUGUUUACUUAUGUAAAUUAGUAAGAAACAUUGUGGUGUGCAAACAGAGUACAGUUAUUGAUCAUGACUUUAAGUGACUGUUUGCGUCAAAUAUCUAAGUUACGACAAACACGUACACAUGAAAGAUAGAUUUAUUUACACAGUUAAAUGUAAAUACAAAUGGACGUUGAUUUAUUUUGUUUUCCAUUAAAGUGUAGGUACUGAAUAUAUUGAACAUAUAGAUUAACUGAUUCUCACGAAAUGUUUUCUAUAAUCCAAUCUAAAACUAUUCAUUUUGUUGUGUAAUUAAUAUUUCACUUAUAAAAAUAGUUAAUUCUCAAGCAUCUUAUUAGUAUUUGUUAACAAAAGUCAAUUCAUAAGAUAAGAUGGUGGCUGGAGGUGUUCAACAGGAGACCCUGGACCCGGGUUUCAUGCUACAUGGCCCUCGUCAGUAAGGUGGACUUGUAAUCUUGAGCAAACCGGUGCUCCCUGAUGGGUUAGAUCCCGUGUCACCCACCUUCACAGUAAGAGACGUUACCACUGAGCUAUUCGGGCCGCGACCGACCUCCUGUAAGACUGAGAUGUAAUCACAAUUGAUUGAUCACUGGAUGAUGAUCAAUGUCAUGCGUGUCAAGUUCGUCUUAUAACAUUUGACAAUUUGAGAAAAUUUGUGAAGUCGAUUGGACAAGUAAGUUUUUCUUUCAGUUGAACACAGCAGGACAGGAUAAAUUAUUCUAAUCACUAUCCUUUCGGUAAAUUAGAAAAAACACUUCAAUUAUUAGAGUGUUUUUUAAUAUUGAUUCGAUGGUAGUUAAAAAUUUCAUGUACUACUGUAUUUGAUUUGAUUUAUUGAUUUUGAGAAUCUUUAGGAUUAGUUAGGGGUGUUUUUUUAUAUGCGUUCCUUCAUUUGAGUCAAGAUUUCAUAAAUCAACUCUUCAAUAUAAAUCUGGCUAUAGACAACACGAUAGAACUUGUGGAGAGUUCUGUGUUGAUUUUUCAUCAAUAAUCCAUUUGUAGUAUUUCAGUAUAUUAUUAAUUAUGUUCGUUUACAUCUCAAUAAACUGUAUGAUGUUUUAAACGGCCUCAUAUUCCUUUUCACAUUAUCUUCUAAAAGAAUGCAAGAACUCAAAGUCUAGAUACUGGUUUGCAUUCAUCAAUUUAUGGUGGAUAGUUUUCAGUAACAUAACUUUCACCAAAUAAAAAAUUACUAUUCAAAUUAACUGAGCUUAUUAAAACAAAUGAAGCGGUUGUUUAUUCUCAUCAAAGUCAAUUCGGCGGCCUGCUUGAAUACCUGGGCUACCUGUUUCUGCCAUCUAAAUAUUUCAACAAGUUAUCU